AUGAAUGCGCGAUCGAUUCGUCGUCGUCGCGAGCGACGCGACGAGAUCGCUGACCGACGCCGCCGCCGUCGUCCCUCCCCUCCCUUCCCCGUCUGUGUCCACAGGGCGACGAACACCGCGGCGUCGGCGUCGCGCUCCUCCUCCGCGUCGUCCAUCGCCAAAGAGAACGCGCCAGCUGUACCGCCGACGACGACGACGUCCGCGGAGGAUGCGCGCGCGAUGAUGCGCGAGGCGCAAAAGACGCGGCAGCGCGCGCGCGAGUCCGAGGCGGAGCUCGGGGACGCGCAGGAGACGAUCCAGACGCUCCAGGCGCGGUACCGGGACCUCGAAGCGCGGUGCGCGGAGGAGAAGCGCGCGCUGAGGAAGGAGCUGAGCGCGGUGAAGGAGACGCUCUCGGAGACCAACGCGCGGCACGCGGCCGCGAUGAAGGAUGCGGAGGCGGCGCACGCCGCGCGGCACGACGCCCUCGCGGAGGCGCACGUCAGGUCGCGCCGCGAGCUCGCGACGUUGCAGGGCGCGGUGCCGACGGCGGCGGGCGACGCCGGGCGAGACCUGGCGUCCUACGCCGAGGAGGAGCACGCGGAAGCGGCGCGGGCGCUCGUCCGCCAGCACGAGGACUCCAAGGAGAAGUGGAGGAGGGACAGCGCGAGGGCGUACGGCGAGUUGGAGGCGUCGAAGGACCAGCAGAUCGCCAACCUGAAGGAGCAGUCGGCGUUUUUUCUGCGACGAAAGGAGGAGGAGCUCCGAGAAUACGUCCGCGAGGUCGACGCGUACAAGAAACACAAGGAGCGCGAGACGACGCAGCUGCGCAACGAGAGCGAGUACCUGCACCGGUGGGCGCUGGCGAUAAACGCGCUCGUGGGGAACGUCGAGAGCGGCGCGUAUCCGGCGCGAGAGAUUGGGGGAUUACGGAAGCUGACGAUCCCGGCGCGCGAUAAGCCCGGGUCUCUGGACGUCGAGGUGUUAAAGCGCAAAGCCGACGCGGCGACGCGGUUCCUGGAAACUAUGAAUUUACCCACCGCGAGCGCGGGCGGCGGCGGGUCGUUGCAGAGCACGGGGAACAGCGUGGGCGGGCUCUCCACCGCCGCGCCCGGCGAUUUCGACGGCUUAGAGACCAAGGCGAGCCUCGCGGAGGACGAGCGCGCGGCGAUCGAAGAGCGCACGCUUCGCGAGCUCUCCUCGCACCCCACGAUCGAGUACAUCCGCGCGCUCGAGGAGGAGAACGACCGGGCGAACAAAGAGCUGAGUCAGCAUCGCCGACGCGCGAGCGAGCAGCAUCUCGCGCUGAUGAAUUUGCGGCGGCGGGAAAGAGAGGAGACGUCGGAGACGCUGGGAGAGUCCAUGGCGGGCGUGAGCGUCGGGCGCGACCUCGCGAGCGCGCGGGCGCGAUCCGAGAACGCCGCCGUCGCCGUCGCGUUCGGGAAGACGACGGGGAGCUCCAAGGUGUUGCAGCACGAGCGCGGGACGGGGCGGCCGACGUCCGCGGCGCUUCUGCACGGCAGCCUGGGACGGAAAGAGUCGGCGCGCGCGGAGGAAAGGGCGAUGUCCAUGCGGAGCGUCAGCGCGAGGAGCGGGAGGAGCGCGUACUCGACCGCGGCGUCGUCGGACUUCCAGGCACAGACCGGUCCCGGGUCGACCGGGUACUCGCGGUCGCGGCCGAUCAGCGCCAAGCCGAUCAGGCGCGUUCUCCUUACACUGGACUUUUGCCGGCGUGUCUCUCCGCCCACUCCUCGCUUUCAAUCCCCGCCCACGGCGCCUUUCAACUCCGCUUCUGACGCCUUUCAACUCCACCCCGACGUUCGCUCGUAUGGAACGACCCUCAGCGUCAAGGACGGGAGACUAAGAAGCCGCCCGACGACGGCGCGGACUCUGAGCGCGGCUUCUUCGACGUAUCCGCGCGACGAUCGCGACUACGCCGACGUCUCCGCCGCCGUCGACGCGCACCUCGGCGAGACGCUCACGUUUGAAGAGCGCGAGGCGGAGCUCCGGGCGUGGCGCGAGAAGCAAGAGCGCGCGAGUUACUUUGGACCGAAUUACAAGGGCGGGCCGCUGCUCGGCGGCACCGGCGGGCGGCGCCGCGACUUGGACCAGGCGCGUUCUUCUUCGCAUAUUUGGUUCCCGCGUCGACCGAGCGGCUACGCGAGGCUCGAGCGCGGCGGCCACUGGCACCGCGAGGGCUUACCCGCGAUCGAGGCGAGCGAGCCGGGGAUCGACUACGGGCAGCCCGGCGCGGACCCGCCGGGGGCAAACACGCAUAAACACGAGGGGAAGCAUCGGCAGAAGCCUGAGCACCGGCCGUCGCAGAGGGUGCUGGCGGGGGAGAAUAAGCCGCCGCCGUUCGCCGCCGCAGGCGAGAACGCUUCCCGUACGCUCCCGUUCGCGUGCUGA